UUGUAAAUCUGAAAAGUGUGGUUAGGUUAGGUUGACCCAUAUUACACAAUCUGUGUAACAGUAAAUAUAAAAAAAAUACUUUGAAUUCUGCCGAAAUAUUAUUUAAUCCUCUUGAAUCGUCGAAAAUGCUAUUGUCCCCAUUUCGUUUUUGUCUUUAUUAGUUAAAUUUACGAGCGACUUGCGUGACGUGAACCAAUGAAUUGCGCGUGAUUCGUGAUUGCGCUGGCAUGCCUUGUAUUUGUGAGUGGUGUUUUCUUUUUUAGUAAGAUGACUAAUUACGCAAUAAAUUUGGUGCAAGAAUGACUUUGAAACUCUCAAGAGAUCACCAAGAAGCUCAAUUUACAAGAAGAUGGCUUCAAGAAUAGCAGCGAGUGCAACAGUUCGUGCUGUCAAAGGAAGAAGAAUUCUGCCAACUCGAGCUGCUCUAGUUUUGAUUGGACUUAAGGUUGGAGUAAAACAGCGCGGUUGCAACGGACUUAGUUACACAUUAGACUAUGCCAUCGAAAAAAGUAAACUCGACGAGGAAGUACUUCAGGAUGGUGUUCGGGUAAUAAUUGACAGGAAAGCUCAGCUUUCGCUUUUAGGGACAGAAAUGGACUACGUGGAGACGAAAUUAAGUUCCGAGUUUGUAUUUAAUAAUCCAAAUAUCAAAGGAACUUGUGGCUGUGGAGAAAGUUUUUCUGUAUAGAAAAAAAUUUUUAGUAGUAAAUAUAUUCUGUACAAAUGCCUAAUCGAAUUUUCUUGGGGCAGUUGUUUCACAGAAAUAGAGCAAUGUAAAAAGAUGUAAUUUUCACAAAUUAUAAUAUUUAAUGAAUUUAGGGGCAAUGUUUUCAAAUUACAAGUAUAUUAGUACAUUUGUUUUUAAUAAAUAAUGUUUAGAACUUA